GGGGAAGCAAUGAAUGAUGAUGGAGGAAGUUAAAAAAGGGCGGGGUCAACUGUCCGCCCAUCAUCUUCCAUUUUCUCUUUCCGUUACUUGCAGCCACAGAUGCUGUGUUCGGCUUUGGGUGUGAUAUAAGUUUAAAAUGAACCGCAAGAUUUUGUUACGAGAGGUGGCAUUUUUACUGUUACUUUGCCUGAGAGGUUAUGCAGCUGAAACCUCUGAAACUUUUCCCAGCACCGCUGAUCCCACAGACAGCGAUGACUUAUUUUCCACAGAGAUGACAACGGAUCCAGUAAGCAUUGAACAUCACAACGACGACACAUCUCCAGCACCUGAAAAUAUCUCCACCAAUAUCUCCACCAAUAUCUCUACCAAUAUCUCCACCAAUAUCUCCACCAAUAUCUCCACCAAUAUCUCCACCAAUAUCUCCACCAAUAUCUCCACCGUUACCCAUGUGACUCCAAACGAGACGUCCAUAGUCGCUGCAACUACACAAAUAGCAGUGACCGUGAAGACCGUCAGCUCCAAAACUUCGGGGGCAAAACACAAUUCUACUGAAGUAAAAUGGGAGAAAAGAUUGAAUGAGGAUGAACAAUUUAAAUAUGAUUACAAGUCUCUGCGCCAAGUAGGGUUGUGCAUCGCUGGCAUUCUCUUUGUGACAGGGAUCCUGAUUCUUGGUUGUGGUAAAGUGAAACGAAUACCACGCUGUCGGAUUAACAAAGGAAGUUCAUACAAGGUGACCAGAAGUUAGUGCUCGGCCCAGCACAGGCUCAUCAGCAAAAGAAGAAACAUGGAGGAGCCGGGCAGACUUAUUUCCCCCAUGUGACAAAAAACACGGGGAAGAUGGAGAGAUUGUGUGCGUUGAGUGUGUUCAUUAUUUUAAACUGAUAUGUGGGUUUGUCACACAAAGGCGUUGGGGAAUAAAACGUGUGCUGUCGUGCGGCACUAAAUGCCAGCGGAAACACAACGUCUGGGAUCCCAACGUAAUCACACAUUUCAGACACAAAAUCCUCUCAUUCCCCCAGCACCAAACCGCUCUGAGCGUCAAACUUUGUUCAACACAGACCUGUACUUGUGUUUUUAUUAUUUUUCAAUAUUCUGCAUCUUCACAUGUGUCAAUCAUUUUUGUAUUAGAAGAAAGAGAGUUCUGUAGCUCACAAGCGCCCUCGUGAGGCCAUAUGGGAAACUUACUGUAAACCACCACCACAACAAAACAGAAUAAAAGUAUGUGUACAAGUCUA